AUGAUUGAUGAGUCUCCUCCAGCGGUAAUUCACCACGCUUUCAACUGGCAUAAGAAUGUCUGGUCUGUAAAAACAGCACCAAAGAUCAACUUAUUCCUGUGGAGGCUAGUGCAAGGAGCACUGCCCUUAGGUGCAAAUCUACAAGCAAGAGGUCUCACGGCUAACACUAACUGCCCACACUGCAAUGCCCCGGAAACAGCACUCCACCUCAUCCUGCACUGUCCCUAUGCUCAACAGGUUUGGGAACUCGCGCCUUUCAAGUCGACUACAGCCCUACUCAACUCGGACUCCAUUCAACAUGCUCUCAAUCUAGCCCCGACGCUUGUUUGUCUACCACCGAAGGGUAUCACAACUGAGCUCUUCUCUUGGUUAUGCUGGAACCUCUGGACGGCUCGAAAUCGUCUCAUCUUUGAAAACGGGGGAACCUCACACGCUGCAGUCGUCACCAAUGCGCUCGUCAAUGUCAGGGAGUGGAACCAGGCCCAGAAGAUCCCCAGUCCCCCGAGACCAACACCAACAACAGCUCCUCUAUAUCACGCGCCACUUCCCCCUGACAUCUCGUUUUGCAAUUCGGAUGCGUCGUGGUCACGGCAAUCCUUGCAGGCGGGUCUAGGAUGGAUUCUUGAUAACGAAACACUACCACAUGCCCUCUUCGGAUCCUCAUGCUGCAACCACGUCACCUCCCCCUUCCUAGCAGAAGCACUUGCGAUCAGGGAGUGCCUCCGAGCUGCCCAAACGGCUCAAAUUACCAAAGCCUGGAUGCGUUCCGACUCUCAAUUGCUCAUCAAAGCCAUCAACUCGAAAACCUAUCCAAUGGAGCUCUUUGGGGUUCUAAUGGAUAUCGAGCUUCUAUCGUCUACUUUUGCAUUUAUCUUGUUUACUUUCAUCCCAAGAGCUCAGAACUCCGGAGCUGAUUCUCUAGCAAAAUCAGCUCUUUGUAACAGCCCUUCUGCUUUGUUGAACUGA